AAGAUAUAUGACAGUCGUAACGAUAAGAACUACCAUAGAGAAUGAAUGGGAACAGUUAAGGACGUUAAGCUAACUAUCCUCGAGGCCGGGCGGAAACAGGUUUUGGGAGAGCGGACUUUCCGAUGCGUCCCUGAACGCGUCCUCGGUAGGGCUCCGUGCGUUGCUGCUCGUUUUGGCGCCUCGUGAUCGGUGCGGACCGGAGAGCUUCGCCGUCACGUUCCUCCACCGGGCCACCGGGCGGCGCUCCGGUGUUCGGACAACAUGGAAGCUACCAAUGAGUACAUCUGGCGGCGGCGGAUCCACCACGGCGUUCGGUACCAGAAGAGCGCCGUCCCGUUCCCCGAGUCGGUGGGGGUCGGUCUGGAGUUCAACGCGGCGCUGGAGAGGAAGGAACCGCUCGACCUGCGUCUGCUGACCAACGGCGUGAUGCUGGAGCUUUGCUACUUCGCCCGAACGGUGAACAGGUCCGAGACGUAUUUCUUCUUCGAAAUGCUGGAGUUCAACUUCGACCUCGGCGUGGACGCGGACAACGAGCAGCAGUGCUACGACUACAGCAAGCGCACGCACAACAAGGUCAAGCUGCUGCGGGAGCAGAUCAAGCUGAAGCCCCGUCGGUGGAAGGAAACGUUUCUGUUCCCGGACCUCGCCGCCGUAACGGGGUCCGCGAGAGCCCAGCGGCCGGGGCGCUACUACCCGAAGAGGAACAAGCUGGUGGACAGUUCGGUCCUCUCUGACUGCCGCCGGUCUGCGGAGACGACCGGGUCUGCGGAAACGACCGGGUCUACGGAGACGACCGGGUCUACGGAGACGACCGGGUCUGCGUUCGUGAUGAAGAAGCGAGGAGGCGCCUGGGUGAAGCUCAUCGCUGACGCGUACCCGUUCUGCAAAGAGCUCGGCGUGACUCUGGCGGUCCGACCGGACGACGCGCGCAAAGACAGACUGACCCCUGACCGGGCGACCAACGGCGUGAUGCUGGAGCUGCUCGACUUCUCCAGGGUGCUCUGCGGAACCCACACCGGGAUCGUCGUGGACCUGAUCCUGCACAACUUCGGUCACGAGAUGGACAAGACGCUGUUCCGCUUGCAGGUGUGCAAGACGACGGAGAGGAGGAACGCCUGCGUGACCGCCGAGGACAAGGAGGCGUUCCGAAAGGAGCCCUUUCAAGUCCAGACUCGGAAGCGCAAAAGGAGAAGGUACAUUGACCGGGAACCGGAAGGACUCAUUGUGGCCGGCAAGAGAAAGGUGGUGCGGAGGCUCGCGGACGAGGACGACGAGGACAUUGAUGCGGACACGGACCACUCGUACAUGUGCCCCGUCGAGUUUGAGACGGACCCGCAGUCGGCAUUUGAGGCCGGACUUGAAGAAGUGAAGGUGGUGAAGGAGGAAGAGGUGGAAGCGUUUGUCUCGCCUCGUUUGCCCCCCGUUCGUCCACAGUACGCCGUCUCGGAUCUGUUCUCCGAAGACGGUACGGUGGACGUGGGUGUAAGAACGCAGAGUCGUACGCUGUGGACGAGACGAGCCACUCGUUGCAAACAGAUCCUGAAGUCCAGCCGAGUGAACGACUCGUUUGCCCGCUGCAGAGAGCGAGGUUUGGACUUCAACGUCGCCGCGGCCAGCCGUCGAAACCUGCAUCGGCAACUCCUCACCAACUGGGUGCUUUGGGAGGUUUAUAAAUUUGCGACCGCGAUGACAAAGAGUUUACGCAGUUUCUUAUUUGAGAUUCUGGACAACAACUUCAACCUCCUCCUCCAAGAUGAGCUGCAUCGGCGGAAUUUCAUAUUUUACAUGAUAACAAAAGAAAAGGUUCUUCGGAACCACCCCGACAGACGGAAGGAGGAGUUCCUCGAGAGUCUCUUUGAGUUCCCGGAGGUUUACAACAUGGUCGACGUUACCGGUGACUUUCAAACUGGACUGGAAGCGGAAGCGGAGACGGAGCGGCGGACGGACUCGGACCCGCCGGCUUCCGCUGCGAGCCAGGACCCACAUCCAUUCUGCAAAAAGAUCGGCCUAGACCUUUGGUUGGCGAAGGAACGUCCGGCAAGCCAGAAGCUCGAUCUGACGCUCGUCACCGCCGGCGCCGUGCUCGAAGUGUUCUCCUUCGUCAGGGAACUGUGCGGGUCCGUCCGCCAGACCGUGAACGACGUCCUGGAGCACAACUUCAAGGUGGAUCUGCAGAGUGGCGCGACGGAAGCCUCGCAGGUGAUCCACAGGUGGUACGCCACCCAGAAGACCUUGAUGAAGGGGCAGACCGCAUCACCGAAGGUAAACCGCUGGUUAAACUCCGUCGUCCCGCUGAACGGUCUUUCGCCGCUCGAUCCACGACCACCGGCUGCCAACGGCUCUGAGGACCUGGUGUCGGAACCGGAGGAAAAGGUCCACAGCUAUCACUUCUGCCAGCAGAUCGGAUUGGACCUCGACGUCGGCUUCCGACGAGAAACCAAAACCAAACUGGACCUGCGAGCGCUGACGAGGGGCGUCCUCCUGGAGAUGCACCGCUACGUGGAGCGGAACUGCAACCGCUACGUUCCCGCUCUGUACGAGAUUCUGGACUACAACUUCGACCUGAGCUCCCAGACCGACAGGAAGGUGGAGUUCGCCUGGGCCAUCGCCUCGCAGGUCAUCGCCAUCGCGGCAAAGAGCGGCCGGGCGGGAGGGUACCUGAACCGGGCCGUGGAGCUGCCCGGCGAGCUCUCCGGGUCCUUGUGGGUCUGGAAGGAUGAGCCGGAGGACGACGUCGGGGAGCCGGAGCUCGGAGACGACGACGACGACGACAAAGUCGAGUUUGUUCGAGAACUGAAGCCCGUCGACAUCGAAGUGGAGAUAGACUGAACACGUUGUUGUAAUAAUAAUACAAACAGGUUUAGAAGCUACAACAUCAGAAACACUAAAGUCGACCCUGAACCUCGUGGAGCAUUAAAGUUUAUUAAAGUAAUCUUCAUGACUUUGGCUCAUUGGUUACCGAUCGAUAAUCAAUCAAAAGCAGAAUUCAGGAAUAUUGAACUGAGAUGUUCAGUGUAAAAAAAAGUCUUCAAUCGCUUUUAAAUAUUCUGACUGAAAUAAAGUGUUUUAUGACUUGAUCAUUGAAAUAAAAACAAUCA